AUGACAGCGGCACUUGCGAGAUGCAUGCGCGGUAGCGCCAUCCGCACCGCAUGCAUCCUACCGCAGUCACGGACGCUGAGCCUGGUGGCAUCCAGGGCUUGGACUAAACCAGCCUCAUCAGUGGCUGCCGCAGCCAAAGGUCACCAUUUUCCCCAGCUUAGACUUGCGAGCAGCGCAGCGGCAGCACGCAUCACUGGUCCUUCAGGAGAGCACUUGGUCAAUGACGACGCCUUGGCCGCUACCGCCGCUUCGUCGGCUUCAAGCCCGGAAUUCUCCCUGAGGCCGUAUCAAGAGGAGUGCAUCCAGGAAUGUCUCGCCGCGCUCGAGAGCGGCGUGACCCGUAUCGGUGUCUCUUCGCCCACGGGAAGCGGCAAGACCACCAUCUUCACCCAUCUCAUCGACCGGCUACCUCCGCGCCCGAACGGUGGUGAUCGCGUGCUGAUCAUGGUCAACUCAAUCGAGCUCGCGCUGCAAGCCGCCAAUGCUGUCACAUCCAUGUUCCCCGACAAGACGGUCGAGAUCGAGCAGGGCAGCAAGUACAAGGCAAGCGGACUGGCAGACGUAACAGUGGCGACGUACCAGACGCUAAAUCGCAGCCAGCAGCGACUGGACAAGUUCAUGCCGAGCUGCUUUAAAGCCGUCGUGGUCGACGAGGCGCAUCACGCCGCCGCCCCAUCGUAUCUGAGGGUGCUCUCGCAUUUCGAUGCACACAUUGGACUCGACGCCGAGGCACGCGCUGCGACCGAAUCGGACUCGGUGCCCGUCUUCGGAUUCUCAGCCACCUUCAGCCGCCACGAUGGACUCGCGCUCGGCAAGGUCUUUGAUCGCAUUGUCUUCCACAAGGACUUCCUCGAAAUGAUCGGAGAAAAGUGGCUGUGCCCUAUCCGAUUCACGUCCAUCAAAGCGGACAUCGACUUGGCGUCGGUCAAGCUGUCCAACUUCAACGCCGAUUUUGCCGCGUCUUCGCUCGCUGCGGUUGUCAAUACGCCUGUAGUGAAUCGCCUCGUGCUCAAGGCUUGGCUCGACCGCGCGCACAACCAACGACGCUCCACGCUCAUCUUUGCGGUCAACAUCGAGCACGUCCAGGAGCUCACGCAUACCUUCCGUCAGGCAGGCAUCGAUGCCCGCUAUCUGCAUGGUGGCACGCCCAUGCUCGAGCGCCGCCAGCUGCUGGAAGACUUCCGCGCUGGCGUCUAUCCCGUCCUUGUCAACUGUGCCAUCCUUACCGAGGGCGCAGAUGUGCCUGCUAUCGACUGCGUCCUGCUCGCACGACCCACACGCUCGCGUAACCUCUUUUCUCAGAUGAUCGGGCGCGGUCUUCGUCUCUCUCCCGCUACCGGCAAGCGCGACUGCCUCGUGCUCGACAUUGUCGGCAACAUCGAAAAGGGCGUCGUCUGUACCCCGACUCUCUUUGGCCUGGACGCAGACGACAUCAUCGAGGACGAGUCGCCCGAGGGUCUGCUCGAGCGCGCACACGAAGCCGAGCAAUUCGACCCCGCUGAUGUCGAGGGCGACGCCGACCCGUUCGCAGUCGAGCUCGCCGACCCGACCAAGAUUACGUACAUCGACUACGACGAUCCGCACCAGCUGCAGCAGGCCAUGUUGGCGCGCUCCAGCGUGGUCGAGACCAUGAGCGCCAAUGCCUGGGUCGACUGCGGUGGGCAGACGUACAUCCUUGACGUGCCUCGUUACGGCUUUGUCACCGUCGAGCGUAAAGCCAACUCCGACCACGGCGACGGUUCCGCGCCGGCAGAAGGUGCGGAGUGGACAUCGUGGUUCACGCCGAGCAAUUCGGAUGCGGACGAGGCAGCAGCGUCGAUGGGGCGUGAUCCUUCCUCGGGUGCGGGCGGGAGGCGCUGGCCCGGUGCACGGGGCGGCUCUCCAUACCGCCGCCCACGCCACGCUUUGGACGCGCCAACGCUCGAGGCAGCGGUGCGCGGGAGCGAUGUGUACGUGCAGAAGAACGUGCUGCGCAAUGCACCGCAGCUGUUCGCCAUGCUCAAUCGCCGCGCAAAGUGGCGUGCAACCAAAGCAACCGACUCCCAACGUCGACUUGUCGAGAAGCGACUCGGUCUCUCAAAGCCGAGCCAAGAAGCUGAGGGCGACAAGGAUGGGCGGCGCACACGUGCGAUGCGGUCCGCAAGCGAACUCACAAAGGGACAGGCGAGCGUCAUUCUCACCCGCCUCCUGCAUGGCGCCAAGGCAAAGUGGCAGCAGAGAGUCAAGAGGUCAAACAAGGUCUGGCGGGCAAACGAACGCGAAAAGCAGAGGAGGGACAGAGAGACUCCUUCCGACUUUGCUGCGAUGUGGUAUCCCUCAGUGACGCUUGUUGCACUCGUAAUGCUCCUCCUACGAGGCGUCUUUGCAAGCGGCCCAGAGGUGGAUAAGGCGACGAUAGGCAGGAAAAUGUUGCAGGACUAUCGGACACAUCGGGAAGCCCUCGCUGCCCGCAUGCGCUCGACCUCCUUCUCUCCACAGACUGCCGCCAAGAAGGAGAUCCUCAUGAAGCAGUACUUCUCCGCGCUCUCAAACGCCCUUCCUGAAAAACAGCCGGAACUGCUUCAAAAGAUCAACGACCUCCGUCAAGCUGGCUACCGCUUUGGGGCCUCGGUCGAUCCGGGCCUGCAUGUGCCAUUUGGAACUCCUUGGGAUCCCACCAGAUUUGGUCCCUAUCCUGCCAAGAGGCUCGCGGAAGGCGCGUACGGUAAGAGCAAGGCAGCUGUAGAAAUCGAGGUGGAAAACGCGCGAGAGGCACUGGAUCAUCAGACUAUGCGCGAGGUCAUGCAUGGACGCAUGGAGCCGGUCUUCGCCGAUGACUUUCAGCUUGUCAGGAGCGCCAUCGAUUUCCACGCACAGAGGCUUUUGCAGAAUGUCGAAGAGCCUGUCGAGGACAUCCUCAAAUCCGUCCGAAGGCUGUAA